CAAAACUGCGGUGUUUCUUUCAUCACAAUCACAUCCACAGGUUUCAGGAAACUACAACACUGUCGUCUCGUCUUCACGGAACAACUUCGUCGUGGAUGGGAACGCGAUGGUGCAGCCUUAUGUGUGUAUUAUCAGGGCCAAUGCGUAGUUGACAUCUGGGGUGGGUUCGCUGACCGCGAAUCUGAGCGGCGAUGGAGAGAAGAUACUUUGCAGAUCAUUUUCAGCACCUCUAAGGCCGUGGGUGCGAUCUGCGUUGCAAUGUUAGUUGAUCGGGGUCACUUAAGAUAUUCCGAUAAAAUCUCUUCGUUUUGGCCAGAAUUUGCUAAAAAUGGAAAGGAGAACAUUACUGUUGAGAUGAUACUAACACACACGUCUGGAUUGGCCUGCCUUGACGGCAAGAUUUCAUACGAAGAUGCUGCAGAUCCGGAACGGAUGGCUAAAUUUAUAGAAGAUUCUAAACCAAUUUGGGAACCUGGCAAAGCCGUGGGAUAUCACGCGUUAUCCUAUGGGUGGCUGAUUGAUCAGAUUAUUCGACGAUCAGACCAUAAAAAGAGAGGGAUCGGGCAGUUUUUCAAAGAAGAAAUCGCAGACAAGCACGGUCUGGACCUCCAUUUCGGUUUACCAAUGGAAAAAGCAUGGCGGGUAGCCAGAAUUACUCGCCCGACCGUCAUCGACCGGAUUGACGAGUUUAUUACCGAUCCAGAAUGCCUCGACUAUGCAUUCAUCAUCAAGCAAUACCUGCGAGGUGGGCUCGGUAUGAAGGUGGCGACAAGUCCAGCAUGGUUGCAGACGAUCUUUAAAAUAACGCUGAACAAUCCAGAGCUCUACGCAUUGGAACAACCGGCUGUUCUAGGCAUCGGGACUGCUCGCGAUAUGGCAAAACUAGCUCAACUUCUUAUAGAUGGCAAGCUCAUCAGUAGGCGUACGAUGGACCUUCUCAAUGAAAAUUUGAUCAUCACUAAAGAUAUUGUCACGGGUGCACAUGCGGAGAGAGGUCGUGGCACGACGGUUAUGCACUUGAAGCGAAACGGGAAACGAGAUUCAAAAGAAGGUUCUCAGGUCGAUCACCGUCUCAUCGGUCACACAGGACUUGGUGGUCAGAAUCUGAGGUGGGACGAAGAAAACAGACUGGUGAUCGCCUUCCUCAGCAAUGGUUUGAAGGGAGGUCUGGGCGAUCGUGCUCGAACAUAUGUCCGUCUAGUAGAAACUAUAUACGACUGUCUACCAAAGGCUGUGGUGACUAACGGAUGUUCAACAGUCGAUCAAUCUCGCAUGGUAUCAGCACGAGACUCGAUACGAACGUCAUGA